GUCGACUUCGAGAAUUAUUUUUCGAAGAAAUAAAUGUCAAAUGUUCCAAUAGAUUUUUCUUGUAGUUUUUCAUCGAGCUAACAACUGACGAAUAAAUCAAUCUACAGAUAUGUUGGUGCAACACGUUUUGAAACAAGGCCUUUUGGUUAGAAACGCUGGAGCUCUGUCGCGCGCAGCAUACCAUGGUGGUCAUCAUCAGCAGUCGACAUUGAACGAUCUGCCCGUGCCAGCAGGUGAUUGGCAGGAACAGUACUCCCGCCAGAACACCAGGUACAAUGCAUGGUUAGCCGCGGGACUUCUUUUCUUCGCCGGCACCAUUGGUUUCGUGAAGACAUCUGGCGUCAUCGAAUUGAACAGCAAAGCACCAGAGUCGCUUGACUAGAUAGUUAUUUAGCCUAAUUCCA